GAUCAGACCUUUACCUUUACGACUCAUCCGCUCGACUUAUCCAACAAUGCCUUGCAAAAUGAUCAUUGCGGGCCUGCAGCAUCAUUCCCCCAACUUGCUCACGGAGAUGAAUCAAAUCACAGUACGACUUCCGCCAUGGCUGCGCUCUCCAACAUGACUACAUCACCCGUAGCCAAGAAUUUCGACUCGCCAUACGAUGCGUCCUAUCCGCAUCAUAGCAUCACACCUGCGCAUGACACUACUCACGGCCUUAAAUCGAUCCAAGCUAUGGAACCUGUCAUGGCUGCUGGUGAUCCUCUGCCUCCUCUAUUCUUUAGUCAACAAAACCAGGCCAUAUCUGACUUCCUGAGGAGAGGCAUACACCCGGACGAAUUCCUUCAGAUGAUCCAAAACUUCAAGAUCGCGGUAUGGACUGGCAACUUCCGUGACCUUGCCACCAUGGCGGUGUCUGGCAACUUUAAUGGCCUGGCCAUCAUGGCAGAGAUACCAACGGAGGUACUUGACAAGAGAAUUGAGGACGUCGUAUAUACCCCAAUUCCUUCUAUCGUCGAGAAAGGUCCGAAUAUCAAGCGCGAACCUUCCGACGAAUCGCUCGAAUACCCUGCUACACGUGCGCUGAAAGCUCCAAAGGGCAUAGAACCGAAGCUGAAAGGGAAAAGGAAGAACAAGCCGACCGUCAAUGUUUACGGAUGCGUAGGCAACGGAGGCAAGUGUCAGAUGCGAAAACACAGAUACUGGAGGUCAAAGAAGGAGUUUGGGACGCACUUCGAGACCCACCUAAAAGAGUACCAAACACCUGACGGUUUUAUAUGCGAAGCGUGCGAGAAGUGCAAACUAUCUCCGGGUAUCGUCUCUAUUGUCACCAAAUCCUUUUCUCACUUUCGAGAUCUGGUAACGCACACAUGGAACGAGCAUAUGGUCCCCUCGACCACGUCGAAGCCUACGGAAGGCACUGCAGUAGUGGUGGAAGAUGAGCUGGGAGAGCCUUCCAGCAUCCAAUAUAAGAAGAUGGGCGAUACCAAGCUGGAGGGUGGAAAUGGUCCCGGGGAGUCGUCAGGCACCCUACAUGGCCAGGCCGGUGGUACUGGAUCCGAAUUUUUCGACAUGUCGCUCAACUCGCUUCCAGAUGAUAUUCAGAUGUAUCUCCCUGGGGGAUCUUUUUGGUAGUCCGGCAUGCGACAUCAACUGUGUCGCGCAUCAGCUUGUUUGUGUUUUGAGGUUUCUUAGCGCUACGUCUUCAUGUACUCCACGAUCGUCAC